CGACUGUUCAGCAGUCACGCCUCCCUUAUCGACUCCGCGCUGGCCCUGCGCUCACCCUGCGAUCAUGGCCGGUGGUCACUCCGCACAGAAUGACGCUACUCGGAUAAGCUCAGGAACCCCGUCGAGUGCUAAGAAAUCCCACAAGAGAAAGAGAGACAUCGAUGGCUCCGCCGUCGCUCAGUCGACACCCACACCGACCAAGAAAUCCAAGAAGAAUCAGCGUUCUCCGUCCAGAUCUACGACACCCGACGAACGCCGGAAGAAGAGAAGCAGUGCUGUUCAGGAGACAUCGCCCCAAAAAGAGAGUGCUGUCUCGCCGGUCGGCAGCAAGACGGCUCGUCCAGACAAAGACGACAACCUCACUAAGAAGAAGAAGAAAUCGAAGGAUGGGAAACGACGAACCGCAACGGUUAGCGACACGGCUGAAGAUGAUGUCGAUAUGAAGGACGUGGCCUAUGAUGCGGACGACACUGACGUUAAAGAAAAGGGGGUCAAAAACUCGAAGAAAAGCAGGAAAAGUCCGGAACCCGCAUCGGCCGAUGACGACGCCAAACCCGUCAAGAAUAAAUUUGCCGGCAUUUUGUCCAAGUUCGAAAAGUCCAAGAAGUCACGGGAACUGGAAAAGGCAAGGGAGAGCGAGAAAGAUGCAGAGGUCACGGGGCCUACGACAGCAGAGCCAGUUGUAGCGCAGGGUCUGGAGCCGCUACCACAGCCAGAAGCCGCCCCGGAGCAGGAUGAAAAGCCAACAUACUCCUCGCUGCCGCAGUGGCUGGCCAAUCCUCUGCGCGCAUCGGCCCAGGACCGAAGCAAAUUCGCUGAUCUGGGAAUCGACUCCAACCUCCUCCGAGUUCUGGGUAGCAAUGGCUAUAAGGAAGCAUUCGCUGUGCAGUCAACGGUCAUUCCGCUACUCUUGCAGGGUCCCAAGAACCAUCCGGGAGACCUCUGCAUUUCCGCCGCCACGGGUUCGGGCAAAACGUUGUCCUACGUUCUACCGCUGGUUACGGCGUUAGAAGCGCUCCCUGCUCCUCGUUUACGAGGCCUCAUCGUGGUGCCUACUCGAGAGCUGGUGAAACAGGCCCGAGAGGCUUGUGAGCUCUGUGCCGCUGGAUCUGGGCUCCGCGUGGCAUCCGCGGUGGGAAACGUGGCGAUCAAAGACGAGCAGCGUUCGUUGAUGCGGGUUGAUCAGGUCUACGGCCCGGCGACGUUCAAGCUCCGCCAGAACGUGAAGUUGACCGGAGACGAUUGGACCAACUUUAGUCUGCAGGACUACAUCUCCGACGCCGGGGAUCUAAGCGAGUCUUUGCCUGGCUACGUUCACCGGUCGGAGCCUAAUGUUGACAUUCUCAUCUGCACGCCCGGCCGUCUGGUCGAUCAUCUUCGCUACACCAAGGGGUUUACGCUGAAGAAUCUUGAAUGGCUUGUCAUUGAUGAGGCGGAUCGACUGCUGAACGAGAGUUUCCAGGAAUGGGUCGACGUCGUGAUGGGCUCUUUGGACGCACGAAAGACCCCCGAGGCCUUUGGCUUUACCGGAAACUUUCUGUCUGGGCUCGGCCUGCCGAUCCAGAGCAAGGAACCGAGAAAGGUGAUUCUGAGUGCCACCAUGACCCGAGAUGUGACGAAACUGAAUACGCUGCGCCUCGCCAACCCCAAGCUGGUCGUUAUUGGAUCGGAUGCUGCAGUCGAUGAGGACGAGAGCGGUGUGGUUGCGCCCUCGGACGAACAGUUCACUCUGCCGCCUACCUUGAAGGAGCACAUCCUCUCGGUUGGAGACGGGUCACAGAAGCCACUUUAUCUCCUACGUCUUUUGCUGUCACAGAUCAAGGUUGAGGCCAAGAGCGUCAAACCUUCUGUCUCUUAUUCGGAAGAAUCAAGCUCCGAGUCAGAUUCCGAUGACACUUCGGACUCAAGCUCUGACGAGUCGGACUCAGAGUCAGAGUCAGACUCGGAUUCUGAAUCGGAUACCAGUUCGGACUCUGACGACUCCGAUGAUACGUCCGAGGACGAGUCCAGCGACGAGUCGGAAUCUGACAGCGACUCGGAGCCGGAGGACGAGAAACCACAAAGCCCCGCACAGACAACAGUCCUGGUCUUUACUAAAUCGUCUGAAUCUGCCUCACGACUGGCUCGCCUGCUGGCACUGGUGGAACCCUCGCUGGCGGACCGCAUAGGCACGAUCAUCAAGUCCAACAAGUCGUCUGCCUCGCGUAAGACACUCACGGCGUACCGCCGAGGCAAGGUCUCCGUUAUCAUUGCUACCGACCGUGCGUCGCGCGGUCUGGACCUACGGUCGUUGACGCAUGUUGUCAACUAUGAUGUGCCCGCCAGUAUUACCACGUACGUGCACCGGGUUGGUCGCACCGCUCGGGCUGGCCAGGAAGGAUCCGCGUGGACGCUAGUGGCACACCGGGAGGGCAAGUGGUUCGCGAGCCAGAUCGCUAAGGGAGUGGAUGGGAAGAUCACUCGGUCUACCAAGGUAGGCAAGGUACAAAUCAAAUUGGAUAACAUGAAGGAGGUCAAGGCGCGAUAUGCAUCCGCAUUGGACGCAUUGGAGAAGGAGGUGAAGACGGGUGGGACGAAGUCCAAGUCCAAGACCAAGUCCUAAUGACGGUGCAUCAGCCAUUUGAUUCCGGGUAGGCGUUAGUUAUCAGACGAGUGUAUAUAGUUAACCCGGAUCACAAAAGUCCAGCUGACCUUUGUCCUGGCUGAAUAACAAAAUGCCCGCCAGACCAAGUCUAUAGAGCCAUGAAGUAUAGACAUCUUUUGUG